AGCAGGGAGGACCGGCGGCAGCGGCGAUGGUUUGGUUAUAAAGAGCAUGGGAGGAAAGAGAGGCAGCAGUGCAGCCCUCGGCCGGGGCUGCGGCGCGCAGGGAUGGGCGACAGCGGGGCUGAGUCACUGCAUUCCUGCAUCGGGCUCCUGGGCAUUUCCGCAGGCUCUCUCCUGCUGGCCGUGCAUUUCUACAGCUCCGCGCAAGCGGCCCCGCUGAUCCCCAGCACGGCUCUGGGGAUCCUGCUGCUGCUUGUGUCGGCUCUCCUGGCAUAUGCAGGGAUCCGGAGGAGCCUCAGGAACGCCUCUCUGCUGGUGGCACUGUGCCUGACCCUGUCAGCCCUCUGGAGUGGCUAUGGAGUGAUCCUCAUCCUGGCAGGGCAGGGAGCGCUGCCUGGCCUGGGGGAUGCCCACGAUGCCCUGGUGCCAGGCCUGGCCACCUUCACCCUGGCCCUGCUCCUGCUGGCCGUGGUGGGCUUCCUCUGUGGGGAGCCCCUCCUGGGCCUGGUGGCCGCUGCCGUGUCCCUGGCCAGCGCCCAUGAGGUGGCCCUCCACUGCAGCUCCUCGCUCGGGCCCUCGGCCGUGGCCUGCGGUCACCUCAGUGUCUGCUUGGUUGGGGGCUACUUUGCCCUGGGGAGGAUCCUCCGCCUCCUGACCAGAGGGACCCUUGCCCUCCCUGGCACGGAUCUCGCCAAGAAGAAGGCCCAGGAGCGGGGCCGGGGCAGCUCGGGCAGCACCAACCCCUUUGCAGCCCCCGGGCUGCUCCUGAACAUGCUGUCAGCCAGUGUCUUCUGCUGCAGGCUCCUGGGGGUCACCCACAGGCUCUUCCUGGGCCACGUGCCCUGGCUGUGGGCAGCUGGCACCUACCAGAUUGGCAUCUGUGUGCUGUCCUACCGUGCAAUGGACGCUCUCAUGGCCACGGCCUUUGGCUUCACUUCCAUCCUCAAAUUGGCUGCGGGUUACUGCCUCCUGUACCCCGCCUGGCAGCCAGAGGAGCCGUCUCUCCCAACCCCAUUCCUGGUGGCUUUCUCCAUUCUUUUUGCUGUCUUGGCUCUUUUUCUCUCCCUUCAGAGCCCUGUGGAUGGCCUGUACUUGCUGGUUUUUGUCACCUACUGCAUUGCCUUGGCUUGCAGCCCCAGGGGUUUUUUUGCAGGUGGCCCCCAAGGCGUGGCCGUGGCCAUUUUUGUGUCCUCGGCCUUGGUGGCUCUGAUUCACCUGUACAAUGUGAGGGCCAGGGCCAAGAUCCCAACAGGGAAGGGUGCUGUGAAGGCCCUCCUUGCUCGCAGCAGCCUCCUGAAGCUCCGGGAGGGGCCAGACCUUCAUGCCCCCUACCUGGGCUAUUCCAAGUACGCCGAUGCAGAGGUCCUUACCUAUGCCUGCAGUGUCCUGGCUUCUUUUGCUCUAACAGCCACAGGAGACCCCAAGGCUCCUCUUGCCACCGUGGUCAUUCCAUGGGUGGUGGUAGCUGGUGGGAUCCUGAAGCUCCUUGGUGGCUCAGUGGCCUUUGCCCGGGGUAAAACCCUGGAGAGCAGUGCCUUCAUCCUCUACUCUGUCAUGUGGAUCAUCUGGGGCCUGACAAGGUACAGUGGCCUCUGUGGCACUGCCAGAAGCUUCCACGCAGCUGUGGGCAUCAUUUCCUUCAUGCUCUUCAACAGCUUCAUUGUCUUCUGCUCACUUUUCUUAAACAUGGCCUGGUGCUUCUACUCCCUCACGUUCAUGCUCAUCGCUGUCAGCUUCCUGCUGGAUGCCAUCCAUGCUCUUCCCACUGGAUACGACAUCGCUGCCACCCUCAUCUUUGGGCUGGUGAGCUUUUAUUGCUUCCUGGCUGCCCUGGCCAGCAGCACCUUUGAGGGCUGCUGCUUGCCCGUGGGGAGGCCCAUGGUGCAGCUCAGUGGUGUUGGGGCAGGAACGACCAAGUGCCUUCACCUGCCUGCCAGGAAAGCUUCCUCAGUCAAGAGAAUCGCAGAUAUCCUGAGGAACGGUGGCACCUGUGGCAUCCCCACGGACACUGUGUACGUGCUGGUGGCCGCCUGCAGCCGGCCUGACGCCGUGGAGAAAGCUCAUCGAUCCAAGCGCCAGGCUCAGGAUCGCCCCAUGUCCCUCUGGAUUUCCAGCCUAAGGCAGCUGGAACCUGCCAAGCACUUGUUCACUCCCCUCCUCUGGGACUUCAUGGAGGCUGCCUGGCCAUCUCCCAUUAGCUUGGUCAUUCCCAGAGGUGAAUGGGUGGAUUUCCUGGGAAUGAAGGACUCUGCUAAGUACGUUGGGACCCCUCAGAGUGUGGCCAUCCGCAUUCCCGACUGCUCCGUCACCACACACCUCAUCGACUUGGUUGGCCCCAUUGUGGUCACAUCAGCCAACCCAACGGGAGAGGCUGACACGACCCACCACAACCAAGUGUAUGCCAAGCUGGGAGAUAAGGUGGAUGCAGUUCUUUGUGCUGGGCCUUCUCCAGAGAACAUUGCCUCCACUGUGGUGGACUGCACCAAGAUCGACAGUGGGAACAUUGGAUUCUUCCGAGUCGGCAUCAUCCCCAAGUCUCAGGUGCUGCAGAUCCUGGAGCAGGUGCAGAAGAAACACCUGGUGGUCCCUAGCAGUGGCGCUUGCCCCACAAAAGGCUGGGAAGAGCUCCAGAGUCGUGGCCAUGCUGUGCCCAACGGGGUGGGCAGAGCUGCCUUGGUGGAGCCGGAUCCUGAUCCCGAGCAUCACACCCGCUUCUGACUGCCACAGCUCCGGGCUCAGCGGGACAUGGGCUGCUGGAAAAUGCCAUUUCGGCCAAAUUGGGCAAUGGGAGAGGCUUCCCAGCUGCAGGGGGGCCUCAUUCAUCUUCCUAUGGACCCUGCUCAAAUAUCCCAGUGCGGUGCUGCCUGGCAGACCCCAGGCACCCAGUAGGAACAUCUUCCCUUGGGGGCACUGCCAGCUUUCCCUGGAGAUCAGCCACGGCCAAAGCAAGCUUUCCUUUGGUGAUAGCUGGCCCGGAGUGACAGAGCUUCAUCCCUGACACUGGGAGGGAAUUCUGUGCGUUUGGGGCAUGGAGUGAGGUCAGGCGGUGCAGAAUUACCUGGUGGGGGAAAAUCACUGCAUGAAACUUGAAUCACACAGAAUCCUUUAGGUGGGAAAAGAGCUCCUCAGUCCUUGAGUCCAGCCACCCUCCAGCACUGCCAGUGCCCCC